AUGACUAAUGAGUCGGUGCGCUGGGUGCGAGAGGCAUCGAAACAGGAUGCGAAGAAAGUACAGAAUGCAUUCGUCAUCUACAAUUCUGACUCCGGAACCUGUAAGGUACGACAUCUCUUCUACGCGGGAUCGGCGGACGAGAUGAGCGGCUGGAUCAUCAUGAUACGCAACGCGAUGGUGGCGGCCGCGCGACCGUCGAAGAAGCGCCGUGACGAGGUGAAGAGCAGGACCUACCAGAAGAAUCCGAAGUCAAACAAUGCAAAAAAGCAGAAGGGGACUGGCAAGGAAGCAGACGAACAGCCCGCAGUGGUAGAGAUACCCGACGAUCUGCACAGACCAGCUGCGCUCACAUCUGUACACAAAGCCCGUCCGAAAGGACCGAAAGGGCGCCGCCUACCGGAGAGAUACUCCCGCAUUGGAGGCAGUCGCGAUGAGUUGAACGACUCGUCGCUCCUCGGCAGCCAGGAUAGCAUCGAUGAGCUAAGCGGCGAAGGAGACGACGACGACGACACUUCUCCCGCCACACAUUCUGCAUCUCUCACCAAUCUCAUUGAUACUAGUACCGCGGCCGGUGAAGCCGGUAUACGUCAUUCCAAUCUCGAACAAGAUGGCGCCAACACAGACACAGACACGGUUGACCUUGAUGAGAUGAAGGACGCCGUACCUGGGAAAAAGGUCGCCCUGAAGCCGCCGCAGAAAAAAAUUAAAAAAAUCAGCUUCGACAUCGUACCGAGCGAGAUCCCAGCACAGGAAUACCAGACGUCGAGCAGCGACGAGACGCUGGAUGACGCAGCGCCACCUACUGGCAACACACGCACCAUAGAAGCAGAGAUUCACAAGGACGGAGCGACGUCUGCUGCCGACGGCGUCGUCUUCAUUACCGACGAUGCCGACGACGACGACAGCGUCGGAAAACAGGCGACGAAACCCAACAUAACAGAAAGUGCAGAUCUAGACAGAUCGACCGAUACUAACAAAACAGAAAGUGCAGAUCUAGACAGAUCGACCGAUCCUAACAAAACGGAAAGUGCAGAUCUAGACAGAUCGACGAAUGAGACUUCCGAUCAAGACGUCGCGCCGCAAACAAGGAGUUCUCUUCUCGUCGCCAUUCAGAUUGAAAUAGCCGACGACGCGUGGCAGACGGAAGGCGCAGCAGACGACAGCGACGCGAACGCGAACAUGGCCGACGUUGCAAAAAUGGCAGAGGCGAAAGAAAUGAAGGAGGCGACGGAAGUGACGCGACAGGACGAAGUGACACCGAACGCGAACGAAGAUGACGUAGAUGCGACCAUCACGCGCAGCGACCCACACACAGUCGACAGUUCUGACGGCUCCUUCGACAAUGUCCCGCUAGAUGUCGCACCGACCGCGGAGCAGCCGAGCGACGGUGGCGCUGUGGUGAGUGUCGAGAAGCCAGAGUGCGUCGGCACUCCGACAGCGGGCAACGACGUGCUUCUGGGGGCGCUGAAUGACAAGCUGCAGGAACUGAACGAGGGAAUCGAGGUGGUGAGAACUGGCAUGACGCGACUGAACCGUGGCAUGGACGACCUUGCGAUAGAUAAGCAGAAGUGUGUCGAUCGCAUCAGCGAGCUGGACGAGUGGAAAAACGUCGUGCAAGGCUUGUGUGGGAAAGCUGAUGAACUGGUCGUCGAGGCUGAGAAGUUUCGAGAUGACUGCAAUCACUUGCUGACCAACAGCUGAUUGCACCAGUGCGGACUUCCUGCUGUGCCUCCGUCGCACGCGUACCGCCGACCAACACGACGUCAGCUUGACCAACACCUUGUGACCAACACGACGUCAGUCUAUCGCAGACUGAUCCCACGUCGGCAACAUGGCGGCCAGGCUGAGAGGGUCUAUAUGUCCCCCGGCCUGGGUACUGCCGGAACGUACCCUGGGUACGGUCCGGCAUACCGG